AUGGGUUCUGAAGGUUUCAACAGAGAUCUUGAGAUGGUCAACGCAGGUUGUUUUAGUCCUGAGGGGCCUUUAACCACCCAGUUUCUCCUUUUUGAAGGAAACAAGCCAUGCCCUCGAUGUUAUGGCAAGAUCGAGGAUAAGAAGAAAGUCUAUCAUGCCUUAAAAGAAGCUAUUCAUCAAGAAGUGCAUGCCAAAGGGGAACAGUUAAAAUGACAUUGCUCGCUGAUUCCUAAAAUGCGACUCAGUUAAACCGCCACAAACCUGAACAAAGUCUUCUUAACCUGUGGAGCUUCCGCUACGGUAGAUUCUCGCUGCAAGUACUUUCAGUGGAUCCACACACCACUCUUCAUUGACAGGAGACCCAUCCAGCAGCUCAAGUUUGCUACGAAACAGACCCAGACAGAGUGGUUACAACAAGCGGAAAAGAAUGUCGAACAGUGGAAACGUGAUCUAGCAUGGUUGAAUCAGUUUACUAAAACCACCAAAAAGCAAAACGAACAAUGGGAAGCUCAGACAAAGCCAAGCAAUUCUGGAAGAAAACUCUACCAAUUACCCUUCAUUGGAGCCCACAAAUUGUCCAAGCCUAAAAGAAAAGAGAGUGGUGGAAGGAAAUCAACAGCAUUGCCAACCACGAGUUUCAAGCGUGUGUGA